AUGGUAACACCAGGUGCAUCUUUGUCUCUAACUGCUACAUCAAAACUGCUACAUGGUGGGGGUGUAGCUCUGCAGAAUCCCUGGGAGGUUGGGCUGCAGGUGUGCUCCUGCCCCUCCCCCAUCUGUAGGAGGUUGGGCUGCAGGUGUGCUCCUGCCCCUCCCCCACCUGUAGGAGGCGGGGUUGCAGGUGUGCAUCCUGCUGUGCCUGGUGCUCCUGCCCCUCCCCCACCUGUAGGAGGCGGGGUUGCAGGUGUGCAUCCUGCUGUGCCUGGUGCUCCUGCCCCUCCCCCACCUGUAGGAGGCGGGGUUGCAGGUGUGCAUCCUGCUGUGCCUGGUGCUCCUGCCCCUCCCCCACCUGUAGGAGGUGGGUCUGAAGGUGUGCAUCCUGCUGUGCCUGGUGCUCCUGCCCCUCCCCCACCCGUAGGAGGUGGGUCUGCAGGUGUGCAUCCUGCUGUGCCUGGUGCUCCUGCCCCUCCCCCACCUGUAGGAGGCAGGGCUGCAGGUGUGCAUCCUGCUGUGCCUGACUCUCCUGGGCUCUGGGACCCAAACUCCUGCUUUCAGGUUUGCACAGCACAUGCUCUGCUCACUGAGCCAUCUCUCCAGCCCCCUUUCUCAUCACACUCAGGGGCUGGUGAGAGGGUUCAGGGUCACCAGGUCCUCACCGUCCCCUUUGUGUGUCUGCAGGGGUCACCAGGUCCUCACCGUCCCCUUUGUGUGUCUGCAGGGGUCACCAGGUCCUCUCUGUCCCUUUGUGUGUCUGCAGGGGUCACCAGGUCCUCACCGUCCCCUUUGUGUGUCUGCAGGGGUCACCAGGUCCUCUCUGUCCCUUUGUGUGUCUGCAGGGGUCACCAGGUCCUCUCUGUCCCUUUGUGUGUCUGCAGGGGUCACCAGGUCCUCACCAUCCCCUUUGUGUGUCUGCAGGGGUCACCAGGUCCUCUCUGUCCCUUUGUGUGUCUGCAGGGGUCACCAGGUCCUCACCGUCCCCUUUGCGUCACUGCCAUAGCAUGGAGCCUGGAAGAGAAGCUGCUGGUGGUGGGCACCCAAGAUGGCGCCAUGGUAGUGUGGGAUGUAGAGGAACAACAGGUGGUCCACGUUCUAACAGGACACACAGCUGAGGUGAGGUGCAUUCGAGUGUUUGCCCUAGGGACUCUCGCCAUCUCUGCAUCAAAGGACCGCACCCUGCGCCUGUGGAGCCUGCUCUCUGGCCAGGAGAAACUCACCAUUUUGGACAGAGGCUCACCAACUUCCACAGAGCCUCAGAGCUGGGCACUCCAUGUGAAUGAGAUGAACAAAGUCGUAUACUUGACAUCUAAUGCAAAGAUCAGCGUGUGGAAUCUGGAAACCGCAAAGCUGGUUUUCUGUAUCCCAGGAGAUGCGUCUGACCCCUGGUCCUGCGUGGCAGUGCUGGCUGCUCGGGGUGUGCUGCUCGCUGUGUCCAAGGGUGGUCAAGUCAGUCUGUGGGACUCAGCCAUGGGAAAGCUGCAGGAGAAAUACCAGCUUUCCAGCAUCAAAGAGGAGACACCCACCUGUGCCGUCUCUAUCCAGACACGGGCAAAGCUGAUCACUGGCUUCAGCAGCGGCUCCAUCUUCCUGGUUUCCUCGGGAGAAGACAGGUUACUGGAGAAGCUUCCAGAAGCUGUGGGGUUCCUGGUGGUGUCUGAAGACGAUUCCGUUCUUGCAGCAGGCUUCGGGAGAUCUGUGCGGAUUUUUUUAGCCGACUCUCAAGGCUUCCACCGGUUCAUGGCCACGGAUCUGGAACACGAGGACGUGGUAGAGACAGCAGCUGUGGGUCCUGAGAACAACAUGAUCGUCACAGGCUCCCGGGAUGCGCUCAUCCAGGUGUGGAGUCUGUCAGAACAGGGCACCCUGCUGGACGUCCUCGAGGGCGUGGGAGCCCCUGCAAGCCUGCUGGUCCGGGGUGGGACUCUGGUGGCGUCUGCUUCCUCGAAGUCUUCGUCUGUAAAAGUCUGGGAUCUCAGGUCCACUCAGAAGCCAAGGCCUCCUGCUCCAUUUCUGGACCGCACGGGGCUCGCUGCGGUGUCCCAUCAUGGCAGCUACGUCUACGUCCCCAAGGUCGGGGACAAAAACAAAGUCACGAUUUGGGAUGUGGCAGAAGGUGAGGAACAGGAUUCCCUGGACACGUCCAAUGAGGUCCGGUGUCUGGAGGUGGCCGAGCAGGCCAAGCUCCUCUUCACAGGCCUGGUUUCGGGGAUUGUGCUUGUGUUCCCCCUGAAUUCCAGGCAAGAUGUGCUGUGUAUCCCCCCACCCGAGGCCCGCAAGGCUGUCAACUGCAUGUCCCUGAGCAAGAGUGAGGACCGGCUGGCCAUCGCCUAUGACAACAUCGUCCUGGUGCUGGACAUCAGCCCCGGGGAUCCAUGUCCCACCAUCGAGGGCCCCACCUACACCUUUUACACCCAGCUGCCGGAGACCAUAGCGAGUGUGGCCCUGCUGGCCGACUACCGUGUUCUCUACGGCAUGACUGACGGCGGCCUCUUCCUGUACAACUGCGCAAGCUCCAAAGUCUUCCCGCUGGAGGCCCACGGGAGCAGGGUGAGCUGCGUGGCGGUCAGCCACAGGGAGCUGCUGGCCGUGAGCGGGGCGGAGGACGCGCUGCUCUGCCUCUGGGACCUGCAAGCUUGCAGGGGAAUGUUCGAGAUGAGCUAUGAGAGCUCCUACUGCAGAGGGGUGCGGUGUGCCUGCUUCUCGAAGGAUGACAAGUACGUGUUUGCGGGCAUGAAGGACCGCUCCAUCAUUGCCUGGAGUGCACUGGACGGCACCCUGCUGGCUGUCCAGUUUGUCCACGCUGUCGUCAGCCGAAUCAUCCCCACCUCCAAUGGCUUCAUGGCCCCCACAAGCCACGGCUAUCUCAUCAGAGAACAUUUCCAGUGCCCAUCAGCCAGAGCCUCCCAGCAAGAUCCUCUCAAGAACUUCAAGAGGGCAGUGUGGUUAGUCAAGACCAGGCAAAGGAAAGAGCAGCUGACUGCCGCAGAGGCCUCUCAGGAUACAGGGUCAGUGGCCGCAGAUGGAAAAGAAUCAAAGUCAAAUAAGCGCUCACAGGUCUGCCUGAUACUGUGA